AUGGCUGCCUCGUUUCCACAAGGCAAGUUGGCAGUGGAGCUGGACGACAAGAAGAAGAUCAAAGCGUUCUUGAGAUGGUUUGAUCCAGACCUCAAAAGGCGAGCCUUUUUCAUUGAACCGGAGAAGGUGGUUUGUGCGACCACCUUGCUAGCGGUGGUGCCUAACAGCUGUUGCUCUUCGCCGCAGUAUCUGCGCAUUCCACAGCUCUUCAACCACUUGAAGCAGCGCAUUUCACGGACCCACGUCUGGAACGAGGCCACACAGGUCGUGUAUGAGAUCCGACUGCCUAAUACAGCGGAGCAUGGCCGCUUGUUGAGUUCAGCGCAUUCUGAAGAGGUUCUGCAGCUGGCGAAGAAGAUGCUGAGAUACUACAGCUUGCCAGAUGAUGUGAUCGAAUUCGAUGGCACAUCUCGUGGUGCAACGGCCAGUUUUCAAGAGCAAUUCCGGAUCUUUAACUCAGCUUAUUUGGUCUUCGGUCCGCAUGGCACGGGUUUUUCCAACAUCAUCUGGAUGCGUUGCGACCAGCCCGUGGCUGUGAUCGAGUUCGUGUGCGGCGCACACUCGCGGAACGUGCGCGGCUGCCUUCGAAGCGGUGCCGGCUUCGCCACCUAUUGGACGUUGCUCGGGGGAGCGCAGUGGGUACGCUAUUUCCAUGUCUUUGUGCAAGAUACAUCGACCGAGGUGAACGACUUCAUGGAAGUCGAUCUCCUGGGUUUCUCGAUGGCCUUAAGGGCUGCGUUGACGAACAUCACGGUCGAACGACAGACGCUGAAGAAAACGACCGAGACAGAACGCUUGGAACCCUGA